AGCUUUGAAGCGUCCAUAAGAGAAAUGUCCAUAGGCAGCACGAUGGAGAGAAGGCCACCUCGGAGUACAUCAGCAAAUCUCAGUCGACUGAUGUACUCAAAUAAGUCCCUCUCGAUAGAAGCCUUUAAUGCUGAAGUACGUACGCAUGAGACUUCUCUGAAGGAGAAAAGGAAGUCUCUGGAGCCAACAGCCAGUCGGCGCAUAACGAUGGAUCCAAGAAAGCGUGCUUCAUAUAGCACAGCCUCUCAUACGUACUCUGCCGCCACUGUAGAGAGCGUUAAUAGUCAGGACAUGGUGAACUUGGAAGAACGAUACAAGCAACAGAUAAGAAGUGCUGUAGCCAACCGUGACAAGCAAAUACAAGCUUUGGAGGGCCGACUACGGGCAGCUGAGGCCGCGAUGGCCGAGAAGGAUGCAUUGCUGCUCGCUCUCAACCAAGAUCUCCUGGAUAAGAAGAGGUUAUUGACUUCAACAGGAAGGGAGCUGGAGGUUGCCAAGCGCCAUUUGCAGAGCAUAUCGCAGAGGUUCAAUCUCCGCUUUGGUGUGGACCCCUUCUCUGGCCUCUCGGGGUACUAUGCUGUUACUGAUACACCCAAUGGGUGGCCAUCAUCCACAGAGGACAAAUGCGGGGUUGAAGGAGGCCGCACUUCUGGGGUGCACAGCAGCCUUAAUGAUUCGGCGCCUUCCGUGCUCAUACCGGAUGAGUUUGACAGCAUCCUUAGCGACGGCAUCAUCAGUGCUGAGGAGAAUGCUCAUAUAAGGACGGUCAUUAAGACCAAGCACUCGAGGAAGAACCGGGAACAAUCCCCUCACGGACUCCUCAUUGGAAGGUUCAGUCAUCGCAACUGGUCGAAGUCGCAGCCAGCAACCCCUGCGUCUCAUUGUUCUAUGAAGCCAGCCGAUCCAGUUGACGAGGCCGUGCGGGCGUUGGUGGAGUCCCUUCGUGGGGGAGGCGUUGCUGUUCCUUCUGUUGAGCGGACGUCAGACGGCCGAGCCGCUGGAGGCCAUCACUAUCUUAUAGGAGGUUCAAUUCGAGUAGAGUGUAGCCUCCUUCACGGCACUGUUGUAGCGAAGCUCCCAAAGGGACGUAUAGUCCCCCUACGCGAGAUUAUAGGAGCUAAGGGAUGACCACUGUCUUUGUACACUGAGCAACGCAGUAUCUUCCAUUCACUGUC